GAUCAUCUUCGUCAUUGUUAGCAGAUAAGGAAGUAGUGAUGGCCGGAACUCAAUCGGAUGAAACGAAUACGCUCUUCUCUCCUUACAAGAUGGGCAAGUUCAGCCUAUCUCACAGGGUGGUGCUGGCACCCAUGACAAGGUGCAGGGCGUUGAAUGGGAUUCCACGGCCUGCACUGGCGGAGUACUAUUCACAGAGAUCGACUCCUGGUGGCUUUCUCAUUAGCGAAGGCACCAUGAUCUCCGAGACGGCUGCAGGGUUCCCACAUGUCCCUGGCAUUUAUACAGAAGAACAAGUUGAGGCAUGGAAGAAGGUGGUGGAUGCUGUUCAUGCCAAAGGAAGCAUUAUUUUCUGUCAGCUAUGGCAUGUUGGUCGUGCAUCUCAUCAAGUAUAUCAACCUGAUGGAGGUGCACCAAUAUCAUCAACAAGUAAGCCUAUAUCACGGAGAUGGAGAAUUCUUAUGCCAGAUGGGACCUAUGGCAUUUAUCCAGAGCCUCAAGCCUUGAAAACUUCUGAAAUACCAGAGCUUGCGGAGCAAUAUCGCAGGGCUGCCUUGAAUGCAAUUAGAGCUGGUUUUGAUGGGAUUGAGAUCCACGGGGCACAUGGAUACCUCAUUGACCAAUUCCUGAAGGAUGGGAUCAAUGACCGAACAGACGAGUAUGGUGGAUCACUUGCAAACAGGUGCAAAUUUUUAAUCCAGGUUGUUCAAGCAGUAGUGUCAGCAAUUGGUGCUGAAAGGGUCGGUGUCAGAGUUUCACCUGCAAUUGAUCACCUUGAUGCAACCGACUCUAAUCCUCUCACCCUGGGGUUAGCAGUGAUUGAGAGACUUAACAAGCUCCAGCUUCAAUUUGGCUCAAAGCUCACUUACCUUCACAUAACUCAGCCUCGGUACACUGCCUAUGGCCAGACAGAAUCAGGAAGACCUGGCAGUGAGGAUGAAGAAGCUCAUAUGAUAAGGACUUGGAGAAGGGCUUUCCAAGGAACUUUCAUGUGCAGUGGUGGGUUCACUAGGGAACUGGGAAUGCAAGCAGUUGCUGAAGGUGAUGCUGAUCUUGUAUCCUAUGGCCGUCUUUUUAUUGCAAAUCCGGACUUAGUCUUGAGGUUUAAGGUCAAUGCACCCUUGAAUAAGUAUAUUAGGAAAACAUUUUACACUCAGGAUCCUGUUGUCGGGUACACAGACUACCCUUUUCUGUUGCGGUCACAUCUUUGAUGGACUGUUAUCAGAAUUUUUACUCCCCACUCAAUCAAAGAGCUUACAUGCCACGCCAUGCCAUGCACUGAGUUGGUAGACAUGAGAGGAAAUAUAUCUAAUUGUACUAUGUCUUCAAUUCUUGGGAAAUUGUGUUUUACUAUAUCUUUGUUUGGCCCAUGAUAUAUGCUAUGCUACGCACCAGGUGCCUAGGUCAGUAGAAAAGGAGGAAAUAGGCCUAAUUGUGCUCUGUUUGCUAUUCCCAGGUGAUUGUAUAAUUACUGUCUAUUGUUCGGCCUCUGAAUUGAUGGAGUGAAUAUCUUAGUGAACAUUCAAGGGCAUAAAAUUUUAUUAUGGAAAUCUAUGUUUAUGUUCAUGCAAACUCUGAUUACAUGGGAGAAAGUACAAUUU